AGAAAGGAGCAGGUCCUAGGUUUGCGUAGUCUGAAGUAGCCGUUCUUUAUUUUGCUCAGAAGGAGCAUUGUUUCACUAUCACCACAUCCAGAGGGCCUCACCGUGAUGGUGAGAGGUCGGGACCAAGUUUCAGAAAAGAUAGCUAUACAUUCAACCUUCUCUAUACUUUCCCAAAAGGAACAGAAAAAGAACAAAUCCCAGGGAUCAAUUUCAUUUGAGGACGUGACUGUGAACUUUACCCAGGAGGAGUGGGGUCAACUUGACCCUGAUCAGAGGACCUUGUACAGGGAUGUGAUGUUGGAGAACGAUGGCUUCUUCAUCUCACUGGGACAUUCCAUUACCAAACCAGAGGAGAUCUUCAAGUUAGAGCAAGGAGCAUCAUGGAUAUCAGAGGAGGAGUUUGCAAACCAGUGUUACCUACGUGAGCAAUCCAGGGAAAUUAGAUUCCAGGUUGUUGUUUCAGGUAUAGGCAUCUUCAGAGUGUUUUCAAGACCUUCUUUCAAGAGACUCUGUUUAGAAGUGACUAAGGAUUGGGAAAACUUUCUACCAGAACUCAGCCCUCCGUCAACAUCAGAGAACACACACAGGGGAGAAGCCUUAAAAUGUAGUGAAUGUGGAAAAUCUUUCUCCCAAAAGUCAGACCUGACUGUGCAUCAGAGAUCUCACACUGGAGAAAAACCUUGUAAAUGUAAUGAGUGUGACAAAUCCUUCAGUAUAAAGUCAAAACUCAAUGUACAGGAGAGAAUACACUCAGGGGAGAAGUCUUAUGAAUGUAGUGAACGUGGGAAUAUGUAUUAUAUGAAGUCAACCCUCAGUAAACAUCAAAGACUUCAUACAGGGAGAGUACAUGAAUGCAAUGAAUGUAGGAAGACCUUCUGUGGGAAGUCAGUUCUUCUUAAACAUCAGAGAACUCACACAGGGGAGAAACCUUAUGAAUGUGUAGAAUGUAGGAAAACCUUUUCUGAGAAGUCAACCCUCAGUAAACAUCAGAGGAUUCAUACUGGGGAGAAACCCUUUGAAUGUAACAAAUGUGGGAAGGCAUUUUGCCAGAAGUCCCACCUUAUUCAACAUCAGAGGAUUCACACAGGGGAUAAACCCUAUGAAUGUAAAGAAUGUGGGAGAACAUUUUGCCAGAAGGCAUCCCUCAAUGUACAUCAGUGAACACACAUGGGAGAGAAGCCCUUUGAAUGCAACGAAUGUGGAAAAUCUUUCUAUGAUAGUUCGACCCUCAUUAAACGUAAGAGAAUUCACUCAGGGGAGAAACCCUAUAUAAUGUAUGAAUGUGGGAAGACCUUCAGCCACAAACCAAAUCUCACCACACAUCAGAGAAUACACAUAGAAGAGAAACACUGUAAAGAUGGAUGUGUGAAACCAUCUUGCUGUAACUCAGAACUGUUGGCCCGACAGUAUAUCCAUAUGGAUAUAUCCAUAUCCCUCCCUCCCUGUGGUUGUAAUGAAUGUGGGAAGUCCUACCAGAAGUCAGCCUUCAUAGAACUCACACACAAUAGAUACCUGGCAAUGCUUUUACCAAACUGGACACAGAGCAAGUCUUUAUCUCUCAGCUGCUGUUGCAUCCAGGUGGGACAGUAUGCAUGAGAGCUAGCCAAUGGGAUGUGAGCAUAAUGAGGUAAUUCACUUGUAGGUCUGACACAUAAAGGCCCCCACGGCAAUUCUUCGUGUUCUCUCUUCUCUAUGGGGUAGGACGUAGAAAGCCUUCUGUUGAGGAGUCAGCACACACUGUGUGUUAGUGAACUCACACAAGAGUAGAAACAUCACCUUGAUGUUUAGAAACCUAAUCCAUAAAUGAAACUUACUGUCACUGGAGAAUCCAAACUGAGAAACCCAGAGAUCACAACAAAUUUAGAAAAGCCUUUCUGAAAAGGUUAUUAUCUCAUUGAACCUCAGGUAAAUAAUAGUAGACUGAAACCUUAUAAAUACAUGGUUUUCUGAAAGUUUGCAACAAAACAUAAUUUAUUAGAUUUCAGAGAAUUAUUACUGAGGGAAACUGAAUUUAGAAAAUACAGAGAGGGGUGCCUGGGUGACUCAGUUAAGCAUCCAACAUCGGCUCAGGUCAUGAUCUCAUGGCUCGUGGGUUCAAGCCCCACAUGGGGCUCUGUGCUGACAGCAUGGAACCUGCUUUGGAUCCUCUGUCUCCCUCUCUCUCUGCCCCUCCCCUGCUUGUACUAUUUCUCUCUCAAAAAUAAAUAA